AUGGUUAUCCCUUUGAGAAAAAAACAGACUUUAGAGAAGAAUAGACGAAUAAGACAUUUUGAUAAUAAUGAUAAAUAUAAUUUACCAGUAAGUGACUGGGAUGGUAUAAUUAAAGAGGAUGGUACUAUUUUAAACUGUAGAUAUCCAAGUUCAUGCCAAAAACAGAAGAUUUUACCCCUUAAAGUUAUCCCUGGUAUUCAUAAACAGGUCAUUGGAAUAAAAAACAAGAGGAAAUUUCUGAAACCAAUGGCAAAUGAGAGUUUAAAAGAAUUUUCUCAGAGAGUGGAUUAUGAAAUGCAUAGAGAUUUAUAUGAGAAUGAUAGAGAGACACUAAGAAAGGUUCGUUCUGCAAAACUUAAAAUUAAGCGUGAAAAGCGAUUAAAUAAAAAAAUUGAGAGAAUUAGCAACAAAUAUAAGGAAAUAGGAGAUAAAGAAGAUGAGGUAAUUAAUACUAAAUAUCCAAGAUUUGGGGAUAUAGUAAAUUCUCCUCCUAUUAUAUCAGAAAAAACUAGACAAAAGCUAGACAAAAAUAAAGAGGGUAAAUUUAAAAAUCCUGAUCUAGAUAAUUAUAUUUUAGAAGUAAGAAGAUCAUACUCAAAUAUUAGAGAGAAAAGAUUGAAAAAGAUUGGAGAUAUUUGCAAAAUAAAAAAUAAAAGUGAUCUUUUUAAUAUAGGUGGAAAUUGGGUUGGCAUUGGUAAAUUUAAACCAGAAAUUUAG